AUGCGAGACAGACUACAAACAACUGAUAGAAUGCAACAUUGGAACAUAGCAAUCAACACGACUUGUGUCUUGUGCAAUGAAGAGCUGGAAUCUGUUUGUCAUCUGUUCUUUGGCUGCUGGUUCUCGGGACAGAUAUGGAGAAAGCUAAUCGAAGGUCUUAUGCAGGAUGACUUCAUCACAGACUGGAAUGUGCUUAAAGUGUUACAGUCUAACCCGAGACUCAACCCAACAAAGACCUUUAUCUUUCGGUAUGCUUUGCAAGCGACGAUGCAUACUGUGUGGACAGAGCGAAAUGCUAGAAGGCAUGGGGAACAACCGAAAGAUAUUGGCUGUCUAGUCAGGUUUGUGGACAAGACCAUGAGACUCAGGUUACUUUUAGUGAAAGGGAUGGGGCAGCAGUACCUUGAUGAAGCUCUGAUCACUUGGUUUGGGAUACAAGAAAGCAAUGGAGAAGCUGGAUAA